AUGCGCCAAAGGAAAAGGAUACGGCAAGCCAUUCGAAAGCGCCAGGCAGUUGAAUUGCCUCGGCUUAAAUUGACACUUAUGCACGAAUCAAAAGUUGCAGAACCACCGACUGCUUUGGUGGCUGCGUCUACAGCUGGAAAACCAUGCCUAACUUAA